AUGUCAACCGACUACUUUCAGUAUGGUGCCCUGGCAUCACCUGCACGAACGCCUGAACACACCCCUCCGGAACUCGCAACGUCGAAACCUUCCUCACGCGGCCGUGCUAAACACCGUGACUUUUCCACCAACUCUCUGCUUUCUUCGUUCGACGCAUCAUCCGAAAGCCGAGAUGCCAACGCCCAUGCAUUCGAUGCGAACCGUUUCACCCCCACCCUGCAUGCAUCUCUAGUCUCCGAAAUUCUCUCGUUGCGACGAGAACUCGACUCGAAACACCAGUUCAUCGACACUCUCGAAGAAAGUCUCAAGACCACCAACACUGAGAAUGGAGAUUUGUCUGCUCAACUUCGCGAGAGCACCAAAAAGGCCAAGCAGUUGGAGCAGAAGUUCAAACUCCUCGAGAAUGGAACCUUUGAUGCUGUCGAGGGUCUACUCGGCGAGCGAGACAAUGUCAAAACUGCAAACCAGGAACUACGGAACAAGCUGGAUGCAGCGAACAAGAAGACAAAGGUUUUGGAACAAGAGACCGUUCGGUCUAGAGAGACAUGGGACAAAGAGAGACAGUCGUGGCAGAACGAGAAGCGUCAACUCGAGCACAAGGUCCACGUCUCCGAGACGCGACUGCGCGCUGUGGUAGAGGAAGUAAGGACCCACCAUCUUGCCUCUCAAGCUCAGCAAGCGUCCGAGGAUGCUUCGGAAGAUAGUGAUGCUGCCAGCGUCCGCACUUUCCGACGUGAAAAUCAUGCAAGAAAUCAGAGCAGCUUGAGCAUUCGAAGCCUAGCCCCCUCUGUUGGCAGUAUCAGAAGGCCAGGUAUGACUUCGUUGGCCAACGAGCUCAACUCGGACGACGAGGAGUACGAGACGGAAGACCUCGAAGGAGAUGAAGAUGAGGACCUCCCUUUGUUUGCUCAAAACCGCUCGAGCAUCAACUCUAGAACUUCAGCCAUCUCGGAUCGCAAAGCAAAGAAGAUUCUUGGUCUGACAGUCAAGAGCGGUUCUGAUGCUUUCACGGAAGGAGAAGCAGUACGAGGAGCAUCCAUUGAGUCUCUGAGGACACCCUCUUUCGCAGAGAGAUUUGGGUUGCAGAUGGCGAAGAUGAGUUUCUCACGGUCUUCGAGUCCGGCGAGACAGAAAGCUGAAACCACCGGUGACGCACCAAAGACUUUGACAGUCGAUCAGAACGGAACAAUUGAAUCUGGCAUGGUACCCACCCAGGCGAAACCAUCCGAACAAGGCCACCAGCCAAGACUACCGAAUCUGGCAACAUCAGAUCGGUUAGUCGAGGCCCCCAUGAGCCCUCCGGAUACACCACACUAUGUUGCCAUGGUAGAUGCUCACAAAGAGAUAUCAGCGAAAUCAAUAUACCAAUCAAUCUCGACACAAACAGAUCUCGCUGUUGCAGGUGAUCUGGCAUCACGAAGAAACGUUUCUAUGGCUCCGGUAGAAGUCCUUCCAGUCCCAGCCAUCACCAUUCAGCCUCCCAUGUCGCCCAGAACUGGUGAGAGUGUCCUUCCCCCCGGUAUGCGUAGUAGCUCUGUGCAAACCGAAGUAGCUGCCGCAACGCCUAUGUCGGAUGCUGGAGUGCAAACAGACGAGAUCAAAAUUGACCGAAGACCAAUCAAGCUACCGCCUCAUCUAUUGCCAAGCGCUCUGGAGCAAGGUGGCUUCAAUGCAAGUCAUGAGACGCAGACAACCACAAAGCAUCGAGUCGCCAUGCAUCGUAGCACCUUUAGCAAGGAUGGUAAUCGCUUCCCACUGAAGCCUAUCGUUCUCCCACCGCCCAAGCUUCGCUCGGUAGCUCAUGAGAAACACCAGCAGUCAGAGUCAGAUCCGCUACAAGACGCACCAUCUCACUGGUAUGAUGACCCGGAUGUCAACGAUCGAUUAGCCGAGUCCAGUGAUGACAUGAGAGCCAUCUUCGGAAACAUGCCAGGCCUUACUCGUCCGAACGUACGUUCACUGUUCAAUGGCCCUCCGAAGACUGUACCGGAGAAUCGCGCGGUUUCUCCUGCAAAUUUUGUCGUCAGUCCAGAGAGGCCGUCUGUAUUUGCUCACAGCAAGAGAAUGGGGUCUGACGGUAGCUCGAACCAGAGUCGCCCGCCCAGUUCAAGAGGAACAUCUCAUUCCGUGAGAGUAGGACCUUUCUUCAGUUCAUAUGAGCGCAACUCCAGCAGACCCAAUACUGCUAGUAGUUACGGCGCAGCACCGCCGCCACCAUUUCCGAUACCUGGCCGUAUGAGCUCGAGACCUCCUAGCAAUGAAGGAUCGCGAAGUCCCACUAGACGUGAGGCUCAUUCAAUGCGAUCACAUCGCUCAAGUAAUGAUUCUCGGAUCGCUCCAGAUGGCGGCCUUAGAAAGGUACAAUCAUCUGGCACCAUGAGAACGAAUGCUCGCAUGUCUCCAAGAAGAAGGAGAAGAGCACCGAACCUUGAACCGAUCAAAUCAAUGGCAUUCGACACGCCAUCGAAAGACAACUUGCUCCUUCCGGGCAUAGAGACACCGACACAUGAAGAACUUGGUGUGCCGAACGGAAAGUCUUAUAUCCUGGACUCUCCAGACUUCGACCAAGAUAGCGCAGUGGAAGAAGAGGAAGAGAAAAGUCAAGACGAAGUCAUCGUGGACGCGAUUGCAGGCACUAUGGUAGGCGAGUGGAUGUGGAAGUACGUUCGAAGACGUCGUUCCUUUGGUAUCGGCGAGUCUCGUGGAGAUCAGACAGAUGAAGGAGCAACCAGCGGCGUACGCCACAAGAGAUGGGUUUGGCUUUCGCCGUAUGAACAAACAGUCAUGUGGAGCUCCAAACAGCCAAAUUCAGGUCCGGCCUUGCUUGGAAAACCCGGACGUAAACUGGUGAUCAAAUCAGUGCUUGAUGUUAAGGACACGACACCGCUUCAUAAGAGCGCUUCGCACGAGACUAUCUUCGACAGGUCCAUACUCAUCUUGACACCAGAGCGAGCUCUCAAGCUCACUGCAUCAAACAAAGAGAGACAUUACUUGUGGCUCACAGCUCUGUCUUUUCUUGCGCAGUCGGGUCGAGGUCCUCCUCUGGUGCCACGCCUAUCGCCAGAAGCUGAGCCCACACUUGGAAACGGACACAAACGACGAUCCUCAUUACUGCCAGGACCCAUAUUGCCUUCGAAAACGACAAUUGUAUCGAUGUCGGCACCCAAACGUGCCGAAGGACACAAGCGGCUGGACACGGCUGAUUCAACUGCUCCUCCGAAUAUUUCCAAGUUUGCUGGCAGUCGCCAUCAGCGUAAGCGAAGCAGCACGAAUCCCCAAUUGCCAGCUGCAACAUUGUCCAAGGAUAGCUCGAUGACAGCGUCCAAUGUUUUCGCGCGGAGAGCAUCAAACACAGCUACAUAUCAAGCUCCUGCCAAUGGCUCGAUCCGUCCGAACCUCAAAACAGGCGAUCGGGAAGGUUCAGACCGUUCAAUCGGAACUGUACGAAUGGAUGCCUUCAUCGGUAGAGGAUUCGCCGUAGAUCACACGUCUCAAAGCAAACGCAGGGGAGGAAGCAAUGCACAGGAUGUGAUGAUAGGAAAGGGCAUGUUUGGCGAGAGUUUGGAGGUCGACCCAUUCGAGGAAUUCUAG